UUAAUGUGCAUGUAACCAACUGGAACACAACAUGAUUUGGGUCUAAGUGUUGUUUCCACUCAUGUUAAAACUACCACCGAAUCUAAUCUGAAGAUACCCCCCUGCAGCAGGCUGCAAUUUUAUGCUCUUCUGGGGAAGCUAAUUCACUGAAUAACUGCUAAAAUUUGAUCUACAAACUGAUUUGUCACGACUGGUUGGGAGAAAACAAGCAGGUGAGAUAUGAAAGCCUUGGGUCUAGGUUUUCUUUGUUUACUUGUCUGGCCUGAGCUUGUAGAGGCUCAGUUCCCUCGAGUGUGCUGCACAGUAGAGGGGAUUCUGUCCAAGCAGUGCUGCCCCGCUCUGGGCUCAGAUCCUGCCAACGUGUGUGGCUCUCUGUCGGGAAGAGGGAACUGCUCUGCAGUUCGAGUUGACAGCAAACCCUGGGGAGGACCAUACAGACUGAGAAAUGUUGAUGACAGAGAGAGGUGGCCCACCAAAUUCUUCAAUCAGACUUGCAGAUGUACAGGUAACUUUGCAGGUUAUAACUGUGGCCAGUGUAAAUUUGGCUGGACUGGAGCGAACUGUGACCAGAGGAAAGCUCCUGUGGUGAGAAAGAACAUCCACUCGCUCACACCUGUGGAGCUCCAGGAGUUUCUGAACGCACUGGAACUGGCGAAGACCUCCAUUCACCCGGACUAUGUUAUUGCGACCCAGCACUGGCUCGGUCUCCUAGGACCAAAUGGAACUGAGCCACAGGUUGCCAAUAUCUCCAUAUACGACUUCUUUGUGUGGCAACACUACUACUCAGUGCGAGACACUCUUCUUGGUCCAGGUCGUCCAUUCAAAGCCAUUGAUUUCUCACACAAAGGUCCAGCAUUCAUCACCUGGCACAGGUAUCACCUUUUGAGUUUGGAGAGAGAGCUACAGAGACUGACUGGCAAUGAGAACUUUGGAAUCCCUUACUGGAAUUUUGCCACAGGACAGAGUGAUUGUGACGUGUGUACAGACUCUCUGCUUGGGGCGCGACACCCAGACAACCCCUCGCUCAUCAGUGACCGGUCCAGAUUCUCUAGAUGGGGAGUGGUGUGUAACAGUUUGGACGAAUACAAUCGACUGGUGACUCUUUGUAAUGGUAGCAGUGAGGGUUUAAUUCAGAGAGGGAUUAUGGAGCAGGGGAACAUGUCUUUGCCCACGAUGAAUGACGUCAGAAGCUGCCUUGGAAUCAGGGACUUUGACAGCCCUCCCUAUUUCACCAACUCCUCCUUCAGUUUUAGAAAUGCUCUGGAAGGUUACGACAAACCAGAUGGGGAACUGGAUGAAUCAGUCAACAACCUUCACAACCUUGUCCACUCCUUUCUCAAUGGAACCAGUGCUUUGUCACAUUCAGCAGCCAAUGACCCCAUAUUUGUGGUUCUCCACGCUUUUACUGAUGCCAUUUUUGAUGAGUGGAUGCGGAGGAUUUCUCCGUCCAAUGCCAGUUUCCCAGAUGAGAUGGCCCCCAUCGGUCACAACAGAGACUACAACAUGGUUCCCUUUUUCCCUCCCAUCACCAACGAGGAGAUCUAUGUUGGAUCUGAGCAGCUCGGAUAUUCAUAUUCCAUCGAGCUAGAUGAUUCAGAAGGAGGGGCAAACGUGUUUAUGCUGGGCUCCACUCUUGGAGGAAUCUUCAUCGGUCUCCUGGUGCUUCUGCUCAUCUUUGUGCUCUACCUGCGUCAACGAAGAAACCGUGGAUUUGAGCCCCUGAUCAAAGCAGACUUCACAAAUAGGAAGUACACAGACGAAGCCUAGAUUUCACCUGUUGU